UUUGACACAAGUGUCCACAGUACUGAGUACCAGGCUGUGUUACUAUUUACAGUGUCACAGUUAAACAUGUUUGAUAUGAGCCUGUAUGCAGAAUAUUGAUGCUCCUUUUCCUCAUCUGUCCUCCAGCCAGAGUACAUGAAUCCAGGAGCAGAGGAGGAGACACAUGGACAGAAGAGGAAGUGGACAUUGAGAGGAGACAAAGAGGAUCUCGCCGAGCAGUACUGUAACGAAGCACAAGGAGGGAGAGACGACUGGAGACGAGGAUCAUCAUGAUGGCAGAAGCAGGAGCUGAACACCCUUCAGUGUCACUGCACAGCCUCCCAUGUGAAUCACACUGUUUUGGGGACACGGUGACCUCUUACUCUGAGGACUCAACAGCACUCAUGGAUAUGUGUGUAAAAAGUGAGCCUGAAGAUGAGCACAUUUCCCACCCUGAAUAUUGUACUGAGGUUCAAGAGAUGGGCUCAGGGCUGCACCUGGAUACUGAGCACAUUAAAUCUGAGAAUGACCUGGUCAAUGUAAAGAAAGACAAAUAUGAUCUACAGCUGAGCAGUAAUGCUGCAGUGAUCUCCCUUCCAUUAGAGCAGUUAAACUCUUCUACUUGUGUUUUAUACAAACAAUUUAAAUCAGAGGCCACUGAAUUGAAAGUAGAGCAGUAUUUUCAAUUAUGUGAGUCUUCUUGUACUGGAAAGGACUUUAAUGAAGUUGCUCAGUGUAACAUAAAGGAGGAAUGUGCAGAUUUACAGGUGUAUGACUUGCACACAUUUUCUUGUUCCGUGUCCAAACAAUAUAAAUCAAAGGCAGCUGUAGUCACGGUAGAGCAGAAUUCUCAACCAGAAGGAUCUUCCAGAACAGAGACGGCAUUUAAUGGACCUGACGGCAACCAGUUAAAGAGGAAUUCUGUCAAGCUGGAUGACAUAUUUCCUGUAGGAAAAGUCAAAUAUUAUUGUAUGCAGUGUGGAAGAAGUUUCUCACGCAGCUGUCAGUUAAAACGACACCAACUCAUUAACUGUGGAAAACAGAAUGAAUACGGCGAGUGUGGAAUAACUCUUUUUUCUCAGUUAUUCAAUUCAGAGCAGCAGCAGAAAGUGUAUAAAUGCGAAUGUGGGAUGGCUUUUUCCCAAAACAGUCACUUAAAACAGCACCAGUGUAUUUAUUAUGGUGGAAAACCACAUAAGUGUGGUCAUUGUGGAAAGCGUUUUUCUCGAUCUAGUCUGUUGACACAACACCGGCGUAUUCAUUCCACUAUAAAACCAUAUAAGUGCAGUGAAUGUGGAAAGAGUUUUUCUCAGUCUGGUCAGUUGAAACACCACCAGUUUAUUCAUACUGGUGAGAAACCGUAUAAAUGUAGUGAAUGUGGAAAGGGUUUCUGCCAAGGUGGUCAGUUAAAACAGCAUCAGCGUGUUCAUACUGGUGAGAAACCAUAUACAUGUAGUGAAUGUGGUAAAUGUUUUUCCUAUAAGAGUAACCUAAAAAACCACCACCGUAUUCAUUCCGGUGAGAAGCCAUAUGAAUGCAGUGAAUGUGGAAAGUGUUUUUCUCGAUGGAGUGGCUUAAAUGAGCACCGGCUCACUCAUACUGGAGAGAAACCAUGUAAAUGUAGCCAUUGCGGAAAGUGUUUCUCCUGUGCAAGUACUUUAAAAAAGCACCAGCGUAUUCAUUCUGGUGAGAAACCAUAUCAGUGUAAUGAAUGUGGGAAGUGUUUUUGUCGCAGAAACGCAUUAAAACAGCACCAGCUCGUCCACACUGGUGAGAAACCGUAUCCUUGUAGCGAAUGUGGAAAGAGGUUUUCUCGGGCUCGAAACCUGAAAGAGCACCAUCUCGUACAUUCGGGUGAGAAACCACAUAAAUGUAUUUAUUGUGGGAAAAGUUUUGCUUCAAAAAAGUAUUUAAAAAUCCACAAGGUGGCACAUUGCAAGGUCUGCAAAAAAAGAGGCUUAAGAAAGUAGAUAGUGUCCUGCAGGAGUUUUACACAGGUCUCUAUUUUACUGUGUCAAGGAGUAGUUUUCCAGAGACUGACAGACAUGUGAGGAGUUCCCUUUGGCAAAAAGUCAUGCCUCAUUUAUUCAUUGUGUCAGAUAUAUUACGUGCACAGUAGAUCCAAAGAAAAUAAAUUCAUAUCCUUGUUGUUCCGAACACUUGUACCUUCAUCCAAGAGCGGUAUCAGUAACUGAGCUUGUGGUGGAAGUUCACCAAGUACGGAAGAUUGAGUCCUGCUAUAUUGAGGGACUCAAAAUGUAUCAAAUAUAAUUGCGUCAGAUAUGUUUAACUUUUUGGUUUAAAUGCACUGAACAGUGAGGUUACUGUUUCUUUUACUAUUGUUUUUUUUGUAAAACUUUUAAUUCCAGAAAAAUAUGUAUCUAUGUUUUUAAUAAAAUAAAUGAAUACAAUGACUCUGCUGUGCCAGUGAACCCAGAAAUG